AUGCAAACGGUUUGUUGAAUUAAAUGGGAAUGUGCGUUUUGUUAGUGUUCACGAACAUUCAUAUGACAUUUCACGUGCAGCACAUUUGAAUGUAAUAUCCAAAUGCAAACGGGACGUUCACGCCAAAACUAUUCCUUUAUCGAUUGAGAAUCGUUCUCACAUACAUACGCGCGCACGAAUUCGUGUACUUGUACAAGAAGCAAAAAAACACACACUUUUUUUUCGCUCUCCAUCGUAGGUACAAUUUUGCGCUAAAAUCGCACCAAAAUACCAUUAACGAUCAUCAAGUACAUGUGAUUGCAAAUUUUUUCCAAAUUCUGAAUCCAAUUUAUUUGAAUUUAAGACUGAGUGAAUUGCUAUUAAUGCGAUAGAUACUGUUUCUUGUGUAUAUAUAUAUCAAGUAUAUAUUUUCUUCCACACACACCUUAUAAUUGCAUCGUGUCGACUCUUAUAGAAAAUUGAAUCAUUACAUUUUGACACAGUGACAUAGUCAAUUAGUGAUUAAGUACGUUUAAGGGCAACCAUAAUCCAAAGACAACCAAUCAGCUAAAGACGAAGAAAAACAAUCCACAAUGGAAAAGAGAAAAUUAUCAACUUCUGGAGAUACAUUGUACGAAAUACUAGGUCUUUCUAAAACAGCCACACCCGAUGAAAUUAAGAAAACGUACCGAAAGUUAGCGCUUAAAUACCAUCCAGACAAGAACCCAGACAAUCCAGAUGCUGCUGAUAAGUUCAAGGAAGUGAAUCGAGCCAAUUCGAUUUUGAGCGAUUUAACGAAACGAAAUAUUUACGAUAACUAUGGAUCGCUUGGACUUUAUAUUGCUGAACAAUUUGGUGAGGAGAAUGUAAACGCAUACUUCGUGGUUACAUCGCCAGCUUGUAAGGCCUGCGUCAUAAUUUGCGGUGUCAUAACAGGCUGUUAUUGUUGCUGUUGCUGCUGCUGUUGUUGCAAUUUCUGCUUUGGAAAAUACAAACCAGCUGCACAUGAUCACGAUUCUAAGGACUACCAGCAUUUACAUCGUGAUGCAAAUCAUCCAGAUGGAACAUCAGGACGUGAGGACUUCAAUGACAUGGAUGGCGGUGCACCAGUUACUUCACAACCGGCACCAGGUCAAGGUACCAGCAAUUCCAAUAUACCAAUUGCAAUGCCCGCUCCAAAUCCAACCAAUCCAUUUGCCAGCAUGGCUACAGAGCAAACAUCGCUCAAUACAUCUGAACAAGCCACAUAUACACCAGGUUUAACAUCAUCUUCUCCAAGGCGUUGAAAAACCCAUCAUUAGAGGACACAAAAUUACUUUUUUUUGCUAUUAUUAUAUCCACAAUAAUAAUUGAAAUUUCUUCGUGUGUACACAAUUUAUAGGAAGUGAAAAAAACAACAUUCAAAAAAUAAAUAAAAUGAACCUUAUAAAUUACUGAUAUA